CCUUCCUUCCAUCGUGUAACGGGUGCCAUCAUAUAAAACUAGAUUUGGGGACGCCCAGCACUGUCAUCAGACAUCAACGACAGAUACUUGCGUACCAGAAGAAUGCUCCAACGCAAGUUUCAUGCCAGAACUUCCGGUGCUCAUAAUAGGCGACUUGCAGUCGGCGUAAGGAGCUCGCUGCAAGCGCAAGCGCCUGCGAUUGUCAAGCCCCCGCAGUUGUCCGUGCAUUCCGAGCACAGCUGUAAAGUCGUCUUUGAUAACCUAGAUGUGGCUAUCGUUGGGGGUGGGCCUGCGGGGCUCGCGACUGCGGCCGCGCUGCUGCAAGCAAAACCGACGCUGAGAAUUAAGGUGUUUGAGGCAAGCCCGGUGUUCCGCACCCAGGGCUCGGGGGUGCUCAUCCAGACCAAUGGGGCGCGCGCGCUGCAGGCCAUCCACCCCGGCCUCAUGCACAGGCUGGCUGAGCGCGGCGCGAUCACCAGCGGCGUCUACCAGUACAACGACGUGAGCGGAGAGCGGCUGCCCUGGGUGGGCGGCAAGGACCCGCUGGGUGAUGUGGAGCUGCGCGGCUGGGCCAACUGCCUGGUGCUGUGGAGUGACCUGCGGGAGGUGCUGGCGGCGGGGCUGCCGCAGGGCAUCCUGGAGUUCGGCUGCAAGGUGACGCAUGCCGACAUGGAUGCGGAGCCGGCGCCACAGGGUGCUCAGGAGGCCGGGCAGCCCCAGCAACACCAGGAGGAGGGGCAGGCGGCCCCGGGCGCCAUGGCCCAGCUCACGCUGUCGCGCACGGCGGCCUCUGGAGGCGAGGCGGAGGAGGUGGUGCUGGCGCGUGCGCGGCACGUGAUUGCGGCGGACGGAUACUUCAGCCGCGUGCGCCGGACGGUGUGUGCCGGUGGCGGCUCCGACCCCGCGGCGCUGGCGGGCGAGAUGCCGGCCUUCAUGGGGGUGGCGCUGUGGCGCGGAAGCAUCACACGCGCCGAGCUGGCGGCGGCGGGCGUGCCCUUGCCGGCCUGCCUGGACCCCGCACACGACUCGGAGGCGCUCCGCCGCACGCACAUGUGGUCCCCCGCCACCCCCGACUCGCCGCUGAGGGGCCCACCCAGCCGCGGACUGCUCAUCUACCCCGCACGCAACACGGCCGGGCCGGUCGGCUCAGGCGGCAGCCAGACGCUGGUGGAGGGCGACGAGCGGAUCGUGUGGAACAGCUGGGUGACGCUGCCCAAGCCCGAGGCCGGAGCCGGGGCCGGGCCGCGCGGGGAGGACCGUGGCUCGCAGCAUGGUGCCUCCUCGGGCCCGGAGGCUCUGGCCGCCGCCGUGUCCGCCAUGUCCUCCUUCCUCACCCCCGACGUGGCGGCGCUGCUGGCCGCCACCCCCGGCGACCGCGUCACGGGGCACGGGCUGUACGUCCACCCCGUGGAGGGGUUCACGCCGGGCGCCUGGGUGCGUGACCGGCUGGUGCUGGUCGGAGACGCCGCACACACCGCGCCACCGGACGGCCAGGGCGCCAACCUGGCGCUGGAGGAUGCGGCGGUGCUGGGCGCGUGCGUGCGGAAGCACGGCCUGGGGCCCGAGGCGUUUGCCGCCUGGGAGGCCGCCCGGCAACCGCGCGCUGCCGCCAUCCUGGGCGACCCCACGCCCGCCGCCACCAUCCGCACCCCCCUCAUCAACGACGCCACCUUUGAGCGGCUGUGGUCUCCUGCCGAGCUCCUCGCAGAGGAGCGCGCACUGCAGGCGCAGGCUGCAGCUGGCGUUGGUGGCGGCGGGGCGGCGCACCGGGCUGUGGAGCAGGAGGAUGUGGGUCGGCUGCCACCCGACGUUGUGGCUAGCCUGGAGAGGAUCCUGGGCGCGGAGGCGGCGGCCGGCGCGUCGGCAUCAAAGGCGGCGGAGGUGACGGAGGCGGGGGCGUCGGCGUGCGAGGCGGAGCAGCAGGCGGUGGCGGUGGUGCAGGAGUGGUCGGCGGACGUGGUGGGACGGCUGGUGCGGGCCAAGGUGGAGGGGCGCACCAUGGCGGUGCGCGUGCCGCCGCCGGAGGGCACGUACUUCGUGCGUUGAUGAGGCCACGAGGGAGGUUCGCUUGGGGAGAGGGUCAGAGCGUUAGUGGUGUGGCGUUGCUGGAGGGAGUGAGAGAGCUGGGGGAGCAGCUGAGAGGCGCGACCGCGCGAGUGGACAAUGCAGGCAUAGGUUGUGUGAUUUGUGAUAGAGCACUUUGACCGUUGCCAAUUACGGUGUGUAGCAUUUUAUAGGUUUCUAUGAUGCGUCUACAGAACGAGGCGGUCAUUAAUGCGGUCGAGUGAAGGCGGGGCCAGGGGCGCGUGUACUGUUGCCCGCGUGUCGGUGUCGCGGCGCGGCACUCCGCUUUUUUGGUAAUGGGCCCAUCCUGUC